UGCUUAGGCGGAAGUGCUUAGCUUCCCGAGAGGCGUCUGGGGAGAGGGAGGCAGCAGCAGCAGCAGCAACAGCAUCAUCUUCUCCCGCUCAAAGAAGUAACAAGCGUCCUGGAGAGGAGGCUGCCCUGAGAGCAAGAGGCUGGGCCCCUUUUGCUUAGAAAACAACACCAUAUAAAUCUACUGAUUUUAGAGGGAAGCGUUUGAGAGGCCAUUGUUUCUGGGCUGUAUGAAAACGUCCACAGGAAAUGCCAGUUGGAAUGGCUCGGGAUUUAGAAGAAACAGAUUCAUCUUCAGAGGAAGAGGAAGAGGUGGAAGAAGGGCCAGAGGAGCAUCCGUGUAUCACAUGGACAGGUGGAUUCAGAAGAAUCCCAAUCCUGGUAUUUCAUGCAGAAGCUAUUUUAACCAAGGACAGUUACAUCCGCUUGAUUGGGGAACGCUAUCGCCUGUCUUUUAAGAUAGUGAGGACAGACAGUCGUCUGGUACGCAGCAUUUUGUCAGCUCAUGGAUUCCGUGAGGUGCAUCCAAGCAGCAAUGAAUAUAACCUUAUGUGGACAGGGUCCCAUCUAAAACCCUAUGUUCUGCGAACCCUCACUGAUAUUCAGAAGGUCAAUCACUUUCCCAGAUCAUAUGAAUUAACUCGAAAGGACAGAUUAUACAAGAACAUCAAUCGAAUGCAGCAAACCUAUGGUUUCAAAACAUUCCAUGUUCUGCCUCAGACUUUCAUCCUCCCAGCUGAAUAUCAGGAGUUCUGCAAUUCCUAUUCAAAGGAUAGGGGACCAUGGAUAGUGAAACCUGUGGCAUCUUCUAGAGGGCGAGGUGUCUAUUUGAUUAACAAUCCAAAUCAGAUCUCCUUGGAAGAGAACAUCCUGGUCUCACGCUACAUUAGCAACCCUCUACUCAUAGAUGACUUCAAAUUUGAUGUGCGGCUUUAUGUUGUGGUGACAUCCUAUGAUCCCCUUAUUAUCUAUCUUUAUGAGGAAGGCCUAGCCAGGUUUGCAACAGUUAGAUAUGACCAGGGAGCAAAGAAUAUUAAAAACCAGUUCAUGCAUCUAACUAACUACAGUGUCAACAAGAAGAGUGGUGACUAUGUCAGUUGUGAUGACCCUGAAGUGGAAGAUUAUGGAAACAAGUGGAGUAUGAGUGCAAUGCUGAGAUAUCUGAAGCAAGAAGGGAAAGAUACAACUGCUCUGAUGGCCAGCGUGGAGGAUCUGAUAAUUAAGACAAUACUUUCUGCUGAAUUGGCAAUAGCAUCUGCCUGUAAAGCCUUUGUCCCACACCGUGGUGUUUGCUUUGAGCUUUAUGGAUUUGAUGUCCUCAUUGAUUCUACACUUAAGCCUUGGCUGCUGGAGGUGAAUUUGUCUCCUUCCCUGGCCUGUGAUGCUCCUUUGGACCUGAAGAUUAAAGCUAGUAUGAUCUCAGACAUGUUCACACUUGUAGGAUUUGUCUGUCAGGAUCCAGGUCAGCGGUUAAGCAGGACAUCUUAUUAUUCCUCUGAGGCAAAGCGGAAUCCUUACCAGAAACCUCAACGUCCUGUCUCUGCACAAUCUCGAUCAUCAAAUGCCAAAUUGCGUUCUCGUCCCCUCUCUGCCAGCGAUGCUGAGAUGAAAAAUAUUAUGUCUUCAGCAAAGGAGAAGAUGUCAGGAAGGCAUGUUGGCUCCCUGCUGGGUUUAUCCAUGGAGGAGAUAAAGGUUUUGCGCCGUGUGAAGGAUGAAUAUGAGAGAAGAGGGGGAUUCAUUCGUAUAUUCCCUACACCAUUAACUUGGGACACUUACGGAUCCUUUUUGGAACACAAAACUACAAUGAACUAUAUGCUGGCCACACGCCUUUUCCAGGAAAGAGGAGGUCCAAGAAGAGGUCUGAUUCCUAGGCAGACUCGAGGCUCUGACUUACAAAGUGGGCACAUUGCCACUAGAUGCCUCAACUCUGACUGCAGUUUAACUCUUGCUAGAGAACUGGGUCUAGACAUUGCAGAUUGUAAUGCCCAGCUUCAUGCUGCCCUGUAUGAGCGAAAACUCUUGUCACUAGAAGUACGGAAACGAAGACGGCGUCUUGGGAAACUGAGAUCGGGAAAGUCAAGACUGUCAGGGAUGUCACAGUCAACUGAUUUUGUCCUCAAGUCAGAAGUAGAAUGUGAAGAGGAAGAAGAGACAGCAGAGGAGGAUGAAGAACUGGAGAUAAAUCAUGGUGAAACAGCUGGUAGUCUUAAGAAUAUGCAGGUGAAACUUAAACCACAAGUGUCAGAGCAGGUGGAGCCAGCCCAGCUAAGCAAAUUGCCAAAGAAUCCUGAACAGAAACGUAGACCUGAUGGGCUACCAAUUCAAGACAAAACAGGGUCUACUCCAAAGGAUGCUGAACUUCCAUUUAAUUUGCUACAGAUUCUUCAAGAGAACAAGAAUCUAAGCAAAGUUCAGGCUCGCAGGGCUUUCUCUGCAUACCUACAUCGUGUCCAGCUGCGCCUGAUGAAAGAGGCUGGAGAUCAGGUCCAUAAUCCUGCCUGGGCUGCCAAGGAGGAUGAGCAAAUGGAGCUGGUGGUUCGCUUUUUGAAGCGAGCAGCUAGCAAUCUUCAACAGUCUUUGAGAAUGCUGCUCCCAAGUCGACGCUUAGCCCUGUUUGACCGUAGACGUAUCUUGGCUCACCAAUUGGGUGAAUUCAUAAUCUGUUAUAACAGGGAAACUGAUCAAAUGGCUCAGAAGCAAUUAGCAAAGAAACAGGAGGAGGAGGAGGAAGGUGUGGAUGUUGAAGACUUUCAUAAGUUUGUUACUAUGGCAAGUGAAAGUGAUCUGGAGGAGGUGUUGACAUUUUACACACACAAGAAUAAAUCAGCAAGUGUCUUCCUGGGAACAAACUCUGGAGCUACAAAACUCAAUAAUAGCCAGGUGGAAAUUAAGGCCAAAGGAGAUGAUUCAGAAAUCAGAGAAAAAGCUGAAAAACAGGAACCUCAAAAUCUGGUACAGAAGAAUAAUGUGCCUCAGGAGCUGAGAAGUGACCAGCCUAAAGAAACCAAACUGUCAAGGAUUCCUCCUUCAGCAGAUGAAGAGAAUACAGCACAGCCUGGCCUUUUUAGUGCAUCUUCUUCCAUUCCUGACACCGUCCUCCCACAAAACAUCACUUCCCAGUUGUCUUAUCAUAUUACUGGCUCUGACAAUGCACAGGUGCCUGAUCAUCGUUCAGUCAUCUCUCUUUCUUCUGGUUCUAAACAGACUCCUACCCCUUUUUUCCAAAACACAGCACCUGACAGUAUUUCUAACACAGUGAAAAAUGUACCCCAUCUGUCUUCAGACAGUGCAAGCUUACACCGCUGUCGGUCUGGCAGUUAUACUGUUGGCCCCUUCUCUUCUUUUCAGAGUGCUAUGCAGAUCUAUAGCCAACGUUUGAUCCGCCCAUCUUCAGCAAAAGCAGCAGGUUCAAGGAGUCACAGUCCAAGCAGACAGCGUGGUACAUCCGCUAGAGUGAAUAAGGAUGAGAAAGACUGCAGACGUUACAGUCAUGGCAUUGUUGCAGCAGAAUUGCAGAGACUGGCAGAGAAACAGGCGGCCAGGCAGUACUCUCCACCUACUCAUAUCAGUCUUCUUACACAGCAGUUAACAAAUCUAAACCUAAUGAAUGGAGCUGUAGGGAGAGUGACUGCAACUUCCCCCAGUUACCGACCACCGCUCAACCCAGGAGGCUCACUUUGGGCUUUUCAAACACACACACACAACUCUGAAAUCAGACCUGCAUCUUUGACAGUUAGGGCCCUUGAGACUGAUACCUUUGCCUGGGAAGGUGAUGCAGAAAACAGCUUACACAAUAAAUUGACAGGAAGUCAACCAGUGCAUCCAAAGGCCUCACCCAGUGCUGGCAGCUACCAACUGCAUUUUGCCCUGCAGCAGCUUCAACAGCAGAAGCUUCAGUCUCGACAGCUUUUGGACCAGAGCCGAGCUCGGCACCAGGCUCUGUUUGCCAACCUCCCAGCAUCUAGCAUCGGCAGUAUGACUCUCUCAUCUGGUCCUGGUGCCUGCAAAACAUCAAGUGCCAUUUCUAGCUGCCAGAAAGCACCCAGCAUUCACAAAAUAAUGCCAUCCCAGAGUGCUUCUUCACAGUUGGUUCCUAAGCCCCCUGCCAGCCACAGACAGGCGCUAAUCAGGAAAGUGGCAUCUCAGAGGAUUUCCAAGGUGAUCUCCACAGAAGGACAUCUGAAUGGAUUCCAGAAAAGCCUUACCAGUGUUGCAUCGUGUGAGCCACUCACAGACUCCACAGGUCUUUUGGAAGUUGCCCCCCAGAUUAUAUUCACCAGAACCAAACCAUUGUCCAGCCGAACCAGAGCCAUUGACACAGUUGUAGGGCAAAGAAAGAAAAGGCCAGUGGAGGGAGGGCCAGCUUAAGAUCCUGCUUCAAGUUACUUUUUGCAAUGAAGGAUUAUCCCUAAAUAAUUGGUGCAAGCAAUUUGAUGCUUCAGCAUACAAGGAAGAGGUGAAGCAGGAACGGCGAUUCAUCAUUCUACACUCCUAGCACCACUUGAAUUGACAAUAAGAUCAGUUGCACACUCUAAAAAUUUUCCCCAAUGGCAGAAAACAGCUUAAGUGUGUGCAGAUGUGCUACGGAGGCCCAGACGUGAAGUUUUCCACUCAGUCUUGAGUGUUUGCUGCUUAAGCCGUCAACAUUCUGGGCCACAUUUUCCAUCAGAUGGCCAGUAGAUUGUUGCCUCAGACAGGAGUUUUCGGUUGUGUUUGUAUUAUGCAUCCUAAAGCCUGGGUUUCUUUGCUGUAAUUUCACUUCAUCCUGAGAAUGAUCAAGGUUUCCGACCUGGUACUGGGCUGAGUUUUGUUACAGUAUGGCUACAGUUGACAUGAGCAGUUCAAAUGCUGACUGACAAUAGGCAAGUGUGCAGGCUGCUGUCUUGAAUGUUGGCAAGAAGAUAUAAGUCUCAGUCUAAAUAAAGUCAUUCAUUUUGUUUGUCUAGCUUAUAAUUUACAUUUUUUUAUCCUAAGCAGCAUUCUUCCAAUUAGUUGACAUUUAAUUUUAUUCCAGUGGAAGGAUUUUUAAAAAUGUGUUAUGCUGGUUUCCCCCCACCCCCCAUUUCUUUACGCUUCAUAAGUUGCUGUUCUAAAGGAGCCUGAUUCCAGCAAUUAGGUUCUAUCGCUUCAGGUUAGCAUGUGAACAUACAGUUAGCCUCAUUAUUUAACAUUUAUGUGCCACCAUUUAAUAUUCUACAUGCUUUACACUUUGUUUUGGGAGAUAUGCUGAGCUUAGAGACAGUGAAAAAAAUUUUAAAAGUCCAUUCGCUCUCACUGAACAGGAAUCUGUUCCUGUUAUCCUGAGUUUCACAGUGAGGAUUUCCUCUUAGAAUUUGGAAGAAUAGUUCUUUAAAUUUAUCUCUCCAGAAGAAGGAGCUAUUUGCUCUCCCAGACUGACUCUACCUUCCCUACAUACACAGCCUGAAUCUUAGUAAAAAAUCUGAAAAAUCUUGUCAAACUCAAGAAGGGGAAUUAAAAUGGCAGGUAAGAUUCUGUACUGUUAAGCAUAAACCGAUGCUCACUGGAGCAGGAAAAUCCCACUUUCAUAUAUAUACUGAUGACAUCUGAUCUGGCAGUGACUGAUUAAGGAAGAGAUCUUAUGGUUGUAGUGAACAGCUCAAUAA